UGGUCGAGGAACUUUCCUCCGAGGGUCACAUUGCUCUUUCUCCCAAUUCACUGACUCCUUCUCAUCGGAUCUGACUACUUCUUCAUUUCUCUCCCCUUCCCUCCACAACCUCUUUCAACUCUUGGGACAAGCAGUUUCUCUUCCCCUGACCGUCAAAAAACGACAUUCAAAAUCUGUGAGGCUUCCCCAGGACCUUUUCUCUGCCAGCUCAGCUCCCCAAAGACCAGACUCUGUAUUCCUUUAUUUCGGACACAGAAACUUGUUGUCCUCCCCAGCCUUCCUCCACUGUGGGAUCAGACAUCCAGCUGCUUCACUCAGCGAGGACGGUGAAGUGAACCAUGCCCUCCGACUUUCUAACGCCUUUCCUGGAACUGGAUGAAGAGUUCUUCAAGAAUUUCCGCGGCCUGGAGGCGACAGAUGGCUCGCUUACCGGCUCACAGCAGCAACACACUGAAAGAGUCCUCGGCUUCCAGCGUCGCCAUUCUCUGUGCCCUGUAACCCUCCCCAACUCCAAGUUCAACAGCAGCAGCAGCACCUCUGAGGUGACCGACUCAGCUGGCUGGGGGUUUAACAUAGCCUGCACCCAGCAGUGGAGCAAGGAAAGUCAGCUUCCCUGCUCCUCACUCAGCCACAUUCCCUUCAGAGUUGACCGCUCGGUCAGCAUGAUCGAGGGCAACGUCAGCAGCUUGGGAGGCAGAGAGGACAAAAUGGCUAACUUGUCCCCAAAAGUGCUGCUCCCUCCACCAGGCUUCUGCAUUAGCAACACCUCUCUCUCCUCCAUUGCUUCCCCUUCUGGCACCAGACCCCCUGUUUCCCCGCCUCACAUCUCCACCCGGUACAAGACCGAACUCUGCCGCACCUAUGAGGAAAGCGGCACCUGCAAGUACGGUGCCAAGUGCCAGUUCGCCCACGGCAUGGACGAGCUGAGGGGCCUCAGCAGGCACCCCAAGUACAAGACGGAGCCAUGCCGCACUUUCCACACGAUAGGAUUCUGCCCGUACGGCGCCCGCUGCCACUUCAUCCACAACGCUGAUGAGAUCCUUGAUGGCAAUGCUGGCAUACCUCCACAGAAACAGAAGAUGAGGCCUCCUCUGUUGCGUCACAGCUUUAGCUUUGCAGGCUUCUCCUCCUCUCCACAGACUUUCCAACCAGUUGAGGAGUCGCAGCCUUCCUCCUUCCUCUUCACCCGGGCCUCCUCUGUCUCCCCUCCUCAAUCCUCCUUAGGGAGCCCAGAGCUCCUCUCCCCUCUCUUCCCUGAACCAGGUGCACUGAAGCAUUGUCCCUACCCCAUCUCUGGCAUCACUGACCUGACCAGGGACAUCGGUGAUUCGGCUCUGCGUUUCUAUGCUGUGACUGAUUCUGUCAGCCCCCGGUGUCCCACCUCCACUUUCACCUCCAAAAAUCCAAACCUCCCUUACCACCUCCCCAAGCAGCUGCCAGUCUCCCUGCACAGCCUUCAACGCUGCUCGUCAGCUGAAUCCCUCUCUGAGGAAGGCUACACCUCCUCCUGCUCCCUCAGCUCUUCCUCCAGCGGCACAGAGUCACCAAGCUUUGAGGGCCGACGCCUUCCCAUCUUUAGCCGACUGUCUGUUACAGACGAGUAGGGAUGGGUUUUACUGUAGGGCUGAAUUUAAAGAGGGAUAGAUGGCCUAAUUGUUUAAAUCUAUGUGACGAGGAGCUAUUGGUUUUUGUGUCCAGUCUAAAAACAAUAACUAGCACAAUAUAGGGUGUAAAUAAAGCAGAAACUCCAUUAUGACAAUUAGACAUUUUAAAACAGUGUUGAGAUAGAAGUCACAGAGGAUUAAAACAUUAGUUUUUCAGUUCCUCCCUAAAUCCAGCUAGGUAAACGUACCUAUUUUUGUGCAUAUUGCAUUUCUCAUCCAAGCAGUUGUAGCGCUGCUCAGUGUUCGUCCAGUUUUAGCUGACUUUUUUCUUUUGUUUGGUUGUUAUGUUUAAGGUUUUUGUUUCUUGCCAUUGUUACUGCUGUAUACUGUUGUAUACCCAUUUUUAGAGAGGGUACUUCCUUUAGCUCUGCAUUUGCCCAUAUGCUAUUCUUACUCAGUGGGAAGUUCUGUUCAAGAAUUUCCUGUACCCUGAAGGAUUUUAAAAUUAAUGUUGUUUGCCCGAUGCAUGACUGGUGUGCGAUCCACUUUUCAAUAUAGCAAUGUUGUUUUUUCACAACUUUACUUGUUUUUCUCCUUACAAGCAGUUUAUAGUGAUGCCAGCCUGCAGCACUUCUCCAGUCAUAUGAGGGCUCUCCAACUGUAUGUACCCAACCUCUUUUCCACGAGUAAGAGGCUGAAUAACUGUAUGCUGUCGCUGAUUGAUUAAUUGAUUGGUUGUAUGGCUGUGUCCACUUGAUUGUAUUUGUCAGCCAUUUUAACUGUCUGGCAAUGAUUCAGCUAAACUGCCUGAGCAACAAAAGAUUAGCACAAGUGUAGGCAACCCACUGACUCUCUAGUUACCAAAGUUAAUGUUAGAGUUACCCUAACCUACUCAUACUGUUAACACCUAGCCUAGCCUUUAACAACGACAGGUAAUAUAUAGUGUUAUGAUUAUUGUUAUUAACACUUUUGUUGAUUUAUUUAUUGUUUUUGUAAAAGUUGUUGAGUUUGCUUUGUGAUUGUGUUCAUGCUUUUUUAUAAUACCAGAGAAAUUAUGCUUUACUUAUGCAUCAUGAUGUCCAUCUGCUCGGUUUAUGCUAUCAAGUAGCUUUAAGGAGACUUGCGGAGAGGAGAAAAAAGGAGGAAGAAAAACAUUUUGGCAUUCAAUAUGUACGUAUGUUGCCUUAUUGGCUAAUAGGCCAGCAGAAAUCAAGACUCACUGAGUUUUCACAUCAAAAGCAGCUCCAUGUGUAAGUCGGUGGUUUCUCAAUUCGACUAGAGACGCCUACCAGUAAUACUGCAUCUGCAAAAUCCUCGAUCAGUAGCAUUAGCAUUAGUUCCUGCUGUUGGUGUGAGCAUACAGUGAGUCUACUCUCCUCUCCAAUAAGCCUCACACCUCUGACUGUAAUAACCUUUCCCAAUUGUUAAGUGCUGUUAUCUAAAUACAAAGCAAAAUGGUGGUGAAAGAGGUUUUACCACACAUUCAUGGCCUUAGUGUAAGUCAGCAGUUGUAAAUAAAAAUGUGUUUACAUCAUUUACAUCGUAUAUCUCAUUGUGCAUGUGUAUCAGGACUGCUGCAUUAUUGCAUUUUGGUUGUGCUGUGUGGAAAUUCCUACCUGUUUAGAAGCCUGUGUGCUAUCUUCUUUCCUUGUGAUGUAAACAAACAGGUGAAAAGAUGACCUUUGUUUAUUGUUGAAGUUUAUCUAUCAGAGUUGCCUUGAUGACAAUGUGUUUGUAGGUCGACCUCUGUUGCACGCUAGCUAGCUGAAUCUCUGAGCUACAGGUGAAAUCAAGCACGUUCAAGUAAAAUCAGGCACGGUUUUUAUUGUUUGUAUUUGUCGUGGUAUCGACGCAACCUGUCCUGAAGAGUCGAGAGACGCUCGCUUCUUGUUGCUGUAGCCUUGCAAAAAGCUGUUUUUGUAACUUUUGUUAACUUAAAGACUUAUUUAUUUUGUUUUUCAAAGCGAAACCUAUAUUGUGGUGUUUGAUAUCGUGUUUUUUUUGUUUUACAUAAUUUAAGUGCAUUUGUUGUUUACAUUCCAUGGGUUAUGUUGAUAUCCUAGCUCUUUAUCUUAAUAUAUUUGUCCCCUUUUAUUUCAAAAUAAAAGUCUUUAAAAAAUGAGA